GUACUUAAAAAAGACUAAAACUUGGCAAAGUUAGUUUUUUUCUUUCAUUUCACUGUUUGUUUCUCCAUGCUAAAAUUUCUUCCAAUUUCUUUCCUUUUGUCGCAAGAAGUGGGAAAAGCAAUGUCAGCUGUUGCAGAGGCUGCUCUAUCUGCUUUCUUUGGGGUGCUAUUUAGCAAGUUUGACUCCCUUGAGUCGCUCAAGUUUGCUCGUGAAAAGCAAGUCUAUGGUGAGAUCAAUAAGUGGGAAAAGAUGUUACGGAGUAUCCGUGCAGUGCUUGAUGAUGCAGAGGAGAAGCAGAUGAAAAAUGGGUCCGUCAAAAUCUGGUUAGCGAAGCUCCAGGACUUGGCUUACGACGUGGAUGACUUGUUGGACGAGUUUGCCACAGAAGCUUUGGGGCACAAGUUGAUACAGGAACAUUCAGCUGGCGCGGGUAAGAUACAUAACUGGAUUCCUGCUUUAUGUUUUAGUCCAAGUGCUGCGAUAUUUAAUACUAAGAUGCUGUCCAAGAUAAAAGAGAUCACUGCUACAUUAGAAGAACUGGUAACACAAAAAAUGAACUUGGAAUUGAGGGAGAAUGUUGGUGUAAGGCCAAAGAGAAGUUUACCAACUACUUCUUUGGUUAAUGAAGUUCAUGUCUAUGCUAGGGAUAAUGACAAGGAGGCGAUUUUUGAGAUUGUUUUGAGGAACGAUGGUAGUGAUGAUGGAGUUUCUGUUAUUCCCAUAAUUGGCAUGGGGGGGAUUGGGAAAACAACACUUACUCAACUUGUGUACAAUGAUGAUGACAUAAAAAAUUACUUUGAUCUCAAAGCAUGGGUAUGUGUUUCUGAAGAUUUUGAUGUUGUUAAGGUGACAAAAACUAUUUUGCAGUCAAUAACUUCUGAAACAUGUGAUCUCAACGGUCUAAAUUUGCUUCAAGCAAAAUUGAAGGAGAAACUCUCCAAGAAGAAAUUUCUGCUAGUUUUGGAUGAUGUUUGGAAUGAUAAUUACAAUGAUUGGACCAUCCUUGGUUCUCCAUUUGAAGUAGGGGCUCCAGCAAGUAAAAUUAUUGUGACCACUCGUAGUCACCUUGUUUCAUCAGUUAUGGGCACCGUUCCAGGUUUUUCGUUGCAAGAGUUAUCAAAUGAUGAUUGCUUGUCUGUCUUUACUCAACAUGCAUUAGGAGCAAGAGAUUUCAGCAGACAGCCAAAUUUAAGGGAAUUUGGUGAGGAGAUAGUGAGAAAGUGCAAUGGCCUGCCUUUAGCAGCAAAAACCAUUGGAGGCCUACUAUGGACUAGCAUGGACCACGAUGCUUGGAAAGACGUAUUGAAGAGCAAGUUAUGGGAUAUACCAAUAGAGAAUAGUGGCAUAAUUCCAGCUCUUUGGUUGAGCUAUUAUCAUCUUCCUCCGCAUUUAAAGCAAUGUUUUGCAUGUUGUGCCAUACUCCCAAGGAUUAUGAAUUCGGGGAGAAGGAUAUAGUCUUACUAUGGAUGGCAGAAGGUUU